GGUUCUCCCUCGACUACCUAUAAAUUGCAGCUGCCCCUCACUGUCGGUCAGUCCGGCCGGUUCUCUAGCGGUUGAGGUACUAUAGGUUGAAGGGAAAACAACAUGCUGUCUCCGCGCAAUGCGCUCAGUCCUCUUAAGGAUAAUGUGUCCCCCAUGAAGAGGAUGGCGCUGCUGGAUAAAGAGAACACGCCCCCCGGCUUCAACUCGGGCAGGACCUCCCGGGGAACACACAAACAAUGGGUUUGUCAAAGCUUAAAAGAUCCUAGAAUACAGGAUGAGCCUCUCCUCAGGGAUAACCCAGGGCGCUUUGUGAUCCUACCUAUUGAGUAUCAUGAUAUUUGGCAGAUGUACAAGAAGGCGGAGGCUUCUUUCUGGACAGCAGAAGAGGUGGAUCUUUCUAAAGAUCUUCCGCACUGGGAAGCUCUAAAGCCUGAGGAAAGAUACUUCAUUUCUUAUGUGUUGGCCUUUUUUGCAGCAAGUGAUGGCAUUGUGAAUGAGAAUCUGGUGGAGCGCUUCAGCCAGGAAGUGCAAGUAACCGAGGCUCGCUGCUUUUAUGGCUUCCAAAUUGCAAUGGAGAAUAUUCAUUCUGAGAUGUACAGCCUUCUUAUCGACACCUACAUUAAAGAUCCCAAGGAAAGGGAGUUCCUCUUCAAUGCAAUAGAAACCUUACCCUGUGUGAAAAAGAAGGCAGAAUGGGCCCUGCGUUGGAUAAGCGACAGAGAAGCACCUUUUUGCGAGCGCAUUGUGGCCUUUGCUGCUGUUGAAGGGAUCUUUUUCUCCGGUUCAUUUGCUUCCAUAUUCUGGCUGAAGAAACGGGGGCUGAUGCCUGGACUCACUUUCUCUAAUGAACUUAUCAGCAGAGAUGAAGGUUUACACACUGACUUUGCUUGCCUUCUGUUUAAACAUGUCGUACACAAACCCUCUGAGCAGCGUGUCAGGGAAAUUAUCAUUGAUGCUGUCAAGAUUGAGCAGGAGUUCUUGACUGAAGCUUUGCCUGUGGAGCUAAUUGGUAUGAACUGCAAACUGAUGAAGCAGUAUAUUGAAUUUGUGGCAGAUCGUCUUCUGCUGGAGCUAGGUUUUAAAAAGAUUUUUAAGAGUGAGAAUCCAUUUGAUUUUAUGGAGAACAUAUCCUUGGAAGGAAAGACUAAUUUCUUUGAGAAGAAAGUUGCCGAAUACCAGAAGAUGGGUGUCAUGUCCAAGGCAACAGACAAGCAAUUCACUUUAAAUGCCGAAUUUUAAAUGUUUCUUAUAUUUGUGUUUAAACGUGCAUGGCAUUUAUAAAUGCUGCCGGUUUUUUACUCUGUUCUAGUCUGCAUGCUAUAGUAAAGUAUGUGUGCCUUCACUUUGAAAACAAAUGUUGCUUGUUCUUGGCCCUGCUUAUAAAGAGAGCAGGUAAGUCAGUGUCAGAAAAUCUACCUUGCUCUGUGGUGCCUCCACAGAAUACUCUAUAGCUUGGUAUGAGCAGGAACACCUUUUGUAGUUUUGAUAGAUCUUUGAUUAUAAAAUGUUGUAAUAAAAAUGUAAUAUAUAAUUGAA